AUGCUUCGAUCCGUCUUUUCCCGUGCAGCGAUCCAACUUCGAGCUGCAAGUUCAAUUCCGGAAGGGAUAAAGGACAUCAAACCAAAGUACACCAAGUUGUUUAUCAACAACGAAUGGGUGGACGCUGUUAGCAAAAAGACGUUUGACACCUUUAAUCCAACUGACAACACUCUGAUCACAAAAGUUGCAGAAGCUGAUAAGCCAGACGUUGACAAAGCUGUGAAGGCAGCUUCCGAUGCUUUCCGACUUGGGUCCCCUUGGCGUCGUAUGGAUGCUGCGCAGCGGGGUAUUCUUUUGCAGAAAUUAGCUGAUCUAAUGGAACGAGACCGUGUUAUCCUUGCCUCACUGGAAGCUCUUGACAAUGGGAAACCAUAUGGUGUUGCAUACCAGGCCGACCUACCUUUGUCAAUCGCCUGUUUAAGGUAUUAUGCUGGAUGGGCGGACAAAAAUCAAGGAAAGACGAUUCCAAUCAGUGGUGAUUAUUUCACCUACACGAGGCACGAACCGGUUGGAGUUUGCGGACAGAUCAUUCCGUGGAACUUCCCCCUCCUGAUGCAAGCUUGGAAGCUCGGACCUGCACUAGCAAUGGGCAAUACCGUUGUGAUGAAGUGUGCUGAGCAAACUCCUCUGUCUGCUCUUCACGUAGCCAGUCUUGUCAAGGAGGCGGGUUUUCCUGCUGGAGUUGUGAAUAUCGUUCCUGGGUUUGGACCAACUGCUGGCCACGCUAUUUCCAGUCAUAUGGAUGUGGACAAGGUCGCAUUUACUGGCUCAACUGAGAUCGGACGAAUUGUGAUGACAGCGGCAGCUCAAAGUAAUGUCAAGAAAGUUACGCUCGAACUGGGAGGCAAGAGUCCGAACAUCGUCUUCGCCGAUGCUGAUAUGGAUUUCGCUGCCGAGCAGGCGCACCACGGUCUUUUCUUCAACCAGGGACAAUGCUGCUGCGCGGGAUCUCGCGUAUUUGUGGAAGGAAAAGUCUACGAUGAAUUUAUCGCUAAAUCCAAGUCAUUGGCUGAGAAACGAAAGCUUGGCGAUCCUUUUGAUCUGAAGACCGACCAGGGGCCUCAGGUAGACGAAGCCCAGUUGAAAACCAUCAUGCGUUAUGUGGAUAUUGGUAAGAAGGAAGGUGCUCAGCUAGUGACAGGUGGCAAGAAAUGGGGCGAUAAAGGAUUUUUCUAUGAGCCAACCAUCUUCGCCAAUGUAAAGGAUGAAAUGACGAUUGCUCAGGAGGAAAUAUUCGGUCCUGUAAUGAGCGUGAUCCGUUUCGAUAAGAUGGAAGAUCUUGUUAAUAUUGCCAAUAACACUAUUUAUGGACUAGCGGCCGCAGUCGUUACUAAGGACAUUGAGAAAGCUCUUUAUGUAGCCAAUAAUAUCCGGGCGGGAUCGGUUUGGGUAAACUGCUAUGAUGUAUUUGAUGCGGCUGCACCAUUUGGAGGUUACAAGCAAUCAGGCAUUGGUCGUGAACUUGGUGAAUAUGGACUCGAGGCUUACACAGAAGUGAAGACGGUCACAAUCAAGGUGCCACAAAAGAAUUCAUAA